UUAGAAAGUCUAGAACUCUAGUCUGAAUAUAAACACGACAAAGUUAUUACAAAUUUCUUUUUGUGGUGUAAACUUUUUAAUUUUUAAUUAUAUUAAAUUAUGUGGACACGAAAUUUUGCUAUCAUUUUGUUCCUUCACGUAGUUUUCACCCAAAAUGUAACAGAUAAUGCUAUUAAGUCAAUUAGCAAAAUCAGUAACAUAACAUAUAAUGAAAGUAAUAAAUUGAUAACACAGCAACAGAUAAGACAAGUUCCUCAAAAUAAUACGGCAAAUGUGAAGGAGAUCGAUGGAAAUAGCAAUAAGCAUGACCCACCGAUACAUUCAGCAAUUAAUCAAUCAGUCGAUUUAAAUGCUGACGAGUUCGAUUUUAAAUAUUAUUGGUUCUUGCUUGUGGGAUCGAGUGUGGCGAUUCUCGGACUUAUUGUCUUUAAAAGUUUUCGCAUGAGAAGAUCGAGAGCGGUAGUUCGGUACGGAAAGGCAAAUGAAUCAGACGAAAUAGAGCCAUUGGGAUCAAGUACGUCGAAAUGGGAUGAAGACUCGUCCGAGAACGAGGAUGAGAUUUUCGAUAUAAAUUUCCUGAAAAAUACACGCUUGCAAAAACACAGCGAUAAUGUCUGAAGCGAACGAGAGACUACGUAAAAAGUGCUGAUAGUAUAUGUAAGGGC